AUGCUCGACUCUUUCGAGGUGCUCUCGACCUCGGGCGUCGUCCUCUGGUCCAAGACAUACGCCCCCGUCAACCCCAAAACCAUCGACGCUCUCAUCCGCGAGGUCUUCAUCGAAGAGCGCAAUGUGGCCACCGAUGACCAGAACGCCGCCCUGAAGCCCACCUUCAAGCGCGACGGCUACACCCUCAAGUGGACAACAGCCAAGGACUUCGGCCUGAUCUUCGUGGCUGUCUACCAGUCACUGGUGCACCUUACGUGGAUCGACAAGCUGCUCGACAACGUGCGCGCCCUGUUCACAGAACUAUACAAGGACCAGCUCAAGAAGCGCAACUCGGCGGUGCUCAAUUGUCCGUUCGACGACUAUUUCGACCGCCAGGUACAGGAGCUGGAGCCGCACGGCGAGUCCCUGCGCAACCUGGAGUCUUCGGUCAGCACCGUCGCUGAAUUCACGCCGCCUUCCAGCUCCGGCACCGAUCACGACGACGAUGUGCCUCCUCCCAUGCCGGGCUUGCGCAAGCCCACGCCGAAGCCCAUGUUCAGCGACAACAACACCUCGACUGAUGCCACGCCGGUAGCAACGCCCGAUACCUCGCGGCCCAGUUCGCCCGCCGUCAACAACCACCUCUUGGCCGCAAAGGGCGGUCCGAGACAGUCGCGUCGCGCGAAGAAGAAGUCUGCCAUGUCAUCUGCGCCGGCCUCGUCAGGUGACGAAUCGCCCGCGAGGCGGCCAACGAAGGGCGCCGCAAAGAAGGGAAGGAAAUGGGACGAGUUCGGUGCGGCUGCUGAGGAAGAUGAUACCCAGCUGGACUACUCGACACAUUCCGUUGACUCCGAGGCACCAGCGGCCAGUGCAGUGGAGGCAGUUGACUCGUCGUCUUGGGGCAAGAGGACCGGAAAGGGCGAAUUUGUGUUGAAAGACCUGGAUGAAGAGAUGGAUGAGAUUAUUGCAGCCGCAAAUGCCAAGAAGGAAAAGGAUAGCACACAGGCGGCGCCCAGUGGCCUGGUAGGCUCGAGUCUUGGAGCAAUUGGUGGUUUGUUUAGAAACGUUGUUGGCGGAAAGACGCUCACGAAGGAGGAUCUGGCCAAGCCGCUCAAGGGCAUGGAGGACCACUUGUUGAAGAAAAACGUCGCCCGCGAGGCCGCAGUCAGGUUGUGCGAGAGCGUCGAGCAGGAUCUUGUCGGCGUGAAGACUGGCAGUUUCACCAGUGUGGAAGCGACUAUUCGCAGCAGCAUGGAGUCUGCGGUCCGCAAAAUCCUCACCCCCACCACCUCUUUGGACCUCCUCCGCGCCAUUCAAAACGUCAAUCAACCCUCCACUCUCUCCAUGCAAUCCCCUCGUCCCUACGUCAUUUCCAUCGUCGGUGUCAACGGCGUUGGCAAGUCGACCAAUCUCUCCAAGAUCUGCUACUUCCUUCUGCAAAACAAGUUCCGCGUCCUCGUUGUCGCGGCCGAUACCUUCCGUAGCGGCGCCGUUGAGCAGCUCCGCGUCCACGUGCGCAAUCUUCAGGAGCUCUCGGCUCGCGAAGGUGGCAGCGUAGAUCUGUACGAGCGUGGCUACGGCAAGGACGCGGCCAACAUCGCCGCCGACGCGGUCAAGCACGCCAGCUCCCAGGCGGAUCCCUAUGACGUCGUCCUCAUCGACACGGCCGGGCGCCGCCACAACGACCAACGCCUCAUGUCCUCGCUCGAGAAGUUCGCCAAGCUGGCAAAGCCGGAUAAGAUCCUCAUGGUCGGCGAAGCGCUCGUCGGCACCGACUCGGUUGCGCAGGCACGCAACUUCAACGCCAGCUUCGGCGCGGGCAGGAAGCUGGACGGGUUCAUCAUCAGCAAGUGCGACACUGUGGGCGACAUGGUGGGGACGCUGGUGUCGAUGGUCCAUGCGACGGGCAUUCCAGUCGUGUUUUUGGGUACGGGGCAGCACUAUAGCGAUCUGAGGACGCUGAACGUGUCGUGGGCGACGAACUUGUUGAUGAGCUAG